AUGCCUCACUCCUUCCUACUGUCUUGUGUGGGACAAAACUUCAGUCUCCAUCAUCAACCCUACAGGCAGCAAUUCUCACUUACACACGGAAACCUUCCUUUCAGAAAACCCAUCCAGGGGAGUCUGAGAGCCUGUCACCUCCACCUCAUGGCAGCAGGGAACCUUACAACAGUGUCAGAAUUUCUUCUCCUGGGACUAUCGGAGGCACCAGAACUGCGGUCCCUCCUAUUUGGGCUGUUCCUCUCCAUGUACCUGAUCACAGUGUUGGGAAACCUGCUCAUCAUCCUGGCAGUCAGCUCAGACUCCCACCUCCACACACCCAUGUACUUCUUUCUCUCCAACCUGUCCUUGGUAGACAUUUGUUUCACCUCCACCACCAUCCCAAAGAUGCUGGUGAACAUCCAGACACAGAGCAAAGCCAUCACCUAUGCAGGAUGCAUCACUCAGACAUGUUUUUCCUUACUCUUUGGAAUGUUGGAUGAUAUCCUCCUGACUGUGAUGGCCUAUGACCGCUUUGUGGCCAUCUGCCACCCCUUGCACUAUAUGGUCAUCAUGAACCCCCAGCUCUGUGGACUGCUGCUUCUUGUGUCCUGGAUCAUAAGUGCCCUGAAUUCCCUGUUACAAUGCUUGAUGGUGUUGAGGCUGUCUUUCUGCCCAAGCUUGGAAAUACCCCACUUUUUCUGUGAACUGAAUCAGGUAACCCAACUUGCCUGUUCUGACACAUUUCUUAAUAACAUUAUGAUUUAUUUUGUAACUAUGCUACUAGGUGGUGGUCCCCUGGCUGGGAUCCUUUACUCUUACUCUAAAAUUGUGUCCUCUAUACAGGCAAUCCCAUCAACUCAGGGGAAAUAUAAAGCAUUUUCCACCUGUGUGUCUCAUCUCUCAGUUGUCUCCUUAUUUUAUUGUACGAGCCUAGGAGUGUAUCUCAGUUCUGCUGUUACACACAACUCACAGUCAAGUGCAAUUGCCUCAGUAUUAUACACUGUGGUCACACCUAUGCUGAACCCCUUCAUCUAUAGUCUCAGAAACAAGGACAUAAAGAGAGCACUCAAAAGAUUCUUUGUGCUGGCAGGUACACAAGGGACAAUCACAUGA